UGUGUGUGUGUCACUGUACUCUGUGUGCUGUGUGUGUGUGUGUGUGUGUUUGUUUGUGUGUGUGUGUGUGUGUGUGUCAGUGUACUGUGUGUGUGUGUGUGUCAGUGUACUGUGUGUGUGCUGUGUGUGUGUGUGUCUCUGUGUGUGUGUGUUUGUGUGUGUGUGUGUGUGUGUGUGUGUUUGUGUGUGUGUGUGUGUGUGUGUGUGUCAGUGUGCUCUAUUCAGAGGUUAGGCUUUUGUUUGAUUGUUUGAUUUUUGUUUAUUGUAAAAAAACAUUCGUAACCGUGCUAAAAUCAGAGUUCCUGUGCUGGGUCAGAGUUUUUAAAGGGUGAGCCACAAAAUAGAUAGAUAGAUAGAUAUAUAGCUAGAUAGAUAGAUAGAUAGAUAGAUAGAUAGAUAGAUAGAUAGAUAGAUAGAGCUGUGGCCAACAGUUUUGCAUCACCUUAUAGAAUGAACUCAUUCAUAAAGUCAAAUGAAACCUGCUAUCAAAUUGUAGGCCUUGCUAAAUUUUUGGCCAGAGCUACUUAGAUAGGUGGUACCAGGUCAUGCCAUCCCACAAUAUCCUCUCUCUCUCUGCAGAUCAGACAGAAAGUCCAAUAGCAACUAUUAAGCAGUCUUCGUACGUGGAUGGGAGUGUGAAUGCCCAGGCGCCCAUCGGAGUCGUGGACGCUGGGGCCCACGUGAGCCAUGCCCACGCCAGCCGACCUGCAUCGAGAGGGUGGAAGUCUGUCCCAACGAGCUGAUCAAAAUGCUGCACAAACAGGCGAAGGGGCGGAGAGAUGGGGCUCCCUCGUCCAAUGAGAGGGCACGGCCGGCCUCGGGGGAGAGGCUGCAGUGGCCCGGCCCGUCCUCGCUGGUUCUGCACAAGAACUCCCAGGGAUUCGGGUUCACGCUGCGGCACGUCAUCGCGUUCCCACCAGAGUCCGUCGUGCACUGCAGCCCCACGGAUGAAGAGAAUGCGAAUGGAAAGGGACACCAGAAGGGUCGGCUCAAGGCAGUGGACACAAUCUUCGUGAAAAACGUGCGAGAGGCAGGCCCCGCCCACAUGGCAGGACUGUGCACGGGGGACCGGCUGGUGAAGGUGAAUGGAGAGUGUAUUGUGGGCAAGACCUACUCCCAGGUCAUCACAUUGAUCCAGAACAGUGACAGUGUCCUGGAGCUCUCCAUCAUGCCCAAAGAUGAAGAUGUUUUACAGCUGGUAAGUGAUGCUCAUCUGAGAGCGAGUGACCCGUUCCACGGAGGAGCCCAGAACCUGUCCGACCCGCCUCCGCUCUGCUACCCACACAAGACCUGCCCACGGGUCCAACCCCAGAACCAGCAGUACCUGGACAACUGGCUCUGCCGCUCGGGCUCCCAGGGGCCCUCGCCCCCACUGGAUAACCGCUCUGGAGGGGAGCCGUGGAGGGUGGGUCACUCCAGCCCGGCCCACAGAAACAAGGAGAUCCAGUACGGGAUGACCUGCCGGGGCAAGGGGGGCAGGGGCGUCUCCUCCUCCUCCACGACCAGCCCUCCGCCCCCCCAGCACCAGAACCACAACCACAGUGCGGGGCGCCGCCCCCCCCCCAGUCAGGGCAGCAAAGCCCGCCUCCCCUUCCCCCCGCAGCUCCAGCCUGUUCGCAGACAGGCACAGCUCUGUCACCAAGCUCUGUCAGCCUGGCUCUACAGCCAGCAGGGGCCCCGGGGCCCCCCCGGCCGCACUGCCAUGCCUCCCCGACAACGCAGCUUCUCUCAGGACAGACUUGGGGACCCCCCUCCCCUCAGCCACUUCCGGGGGCCCCACAGCACCUCUCAGGAUUUCCUCCUGCACCACUGGGGCCACCUCUCCGGGUCCCCAAGUGUGACGGGGGCCCUCUGCUGGAGUGGCGCAGACAGGGCACGCUCGAAGAACCAGCUGGCCGGCAGGCGGGAGCUCCACGGCCGCUCGCUGGAGACCCUGGACACAGUGGCGCUGUCCCCUCAGCUCAAGCGCCCAGCCUGGCUACAACAGCAGGGCCAGCACAGCAGGUCUGGCGUGGGAACCAGUGCCCCCAAUAACAGGGAGAGAGCCCCCCAGCCGGGAAGCAGAGAGAGGGGGAGGGAGACUCGCAGGCUGCCCCCCCCGCAGAGCUUCCAGGACCCCUUGGUGGGCUACCGCAAGACUGACCUGCUCCUCGGCAUGCACUCCUUAAGGGACCCCUUCUGCACCUGGCCCAUCCCCAGAACCAGCCCCCUUCCCCUGGCCCAGCACAGGGUGCAGAGACUGACCAAUCAUGAGCGAGGAAGAGGGGGCGUGUCUCUGAUUCAGCAGCAGGAGGUGGUUUUGAGACAGAAGGCCCCCAUGGGCUGGCUCACCUCUCACGGAUUCAGGCACCCCCGCUACGCCCUGCCCACAGCCCCCCCGGAGCCCCCCGCCCAGGGGGACACAGGGCCCCGCAGCGCCAAUGGAGGCUUCCCGCCACUGCCCAGAGCCGGUGAUUCGCUGGCAUCCAUCCCCUUCAUAGACGAGCCCUUGAGUCCAAGAGCUGACCUGCAAGCCAGAAACGUGCCGGCCUCUUCUGUGAUCUCGAGCGCCAUGAGCUCCGCCCUCGUGAUCAACACGAGCUCCGCCCCCGUGAUCAACACGAGCUCCGCCCCCGUGAUCAACACGAGCUCCGCCCCUGUGAUCACCACGAGCCCCGCCUCCCCAACCUUCCCACUUACUAAGCUCUUCUCACACGACUGCAGCAGUAUCAAGGGCAGCCGCCGCUCCUCCUACCUGCUCGUUUCCACCAUGGAGCGCUCCAAGUCAUGCGACGAGGGUCUCGACACCUUCAGGGAUGAAGGCCGAGUCUUCUCGAGGCUGCCAAAGAGAGUGAAGAACUUUUUCACACACGGGUCUCUGGACAGCCUGGACGCUGUGCAGGACGCUAGCACCAUGUGCCACUCCACCUCAGAGCUCAGCAACCUGACCUUCAGCGACGUGCGCAGGGAGGGCUGGCUGCACUACAAGCAGAUCCUCACCGAGAAGGGAAAGAAGGCGGGCAGCGGGAUGCAUCCCUGGAAGCGUGUGUUCUCCGUGCUGCGCUCGCACGCGCUCUUCCUCUACAAGGACAAACGGGAGGCUGUGCUCUUCAACCCCGCCCACUCCGAGGAUGAGCAGCCAAUCAGCAUCCACGGCUGCCUGGUGGACAUCGCGUACAGCGAGACGAAGCGCAAGCACGCCCUGCGGCUCACCACGCAGGACUUCUGCGAGUACCUGCUGCAGGCCGAGGACCAGGACGACAUGCUGGGCUGGAUCAAGGGGAUCCGCGAGAACAGCGGGGAGGAUUCUGGUUUCUGUGGCCAGGCGCUCAUUAACAAGAAGCUGAACGACUACCGGAAGCAGAGCCCCACAGGCAGUAAGCCCGACUCCUCACCUAAAGGGACCCAAAUGAAGCCCCCCUUCCUCACGGCCACAGGGGCGCCGCGCUCCCCCAAACAGGACUCCGGCAACAAGGAGGACAGCAGCCCCCCCAAGUCUCCAUGGGGGAUGAACAUCAUGAAGAAGGUGAAGAAGCCAGGGCCCAAAGCGUUCGGGGUGCGACUCGAGGACUGCCAGCACGGGGUUAAUGAGAAGUUUGUCCCCCUGAUCGUGGAGCUGUGCUGUGGGCAGGUGGAGGAGAUGGGUCUGGAGUGCACUGGGAUCUACCGGGUCCCUGGGAACAACGCUGUGGUGUCCAGCCUGCAGGAACAGCUCAACAAGGGCAACAUCGACAUCAACCCUGCCGACGAGAAAUGGCAGGACCUGAACGUGAUCAGCAGUCUGCUCAAGUCUUUCUUCAGGAAGCUUCCCGAGCCCCUCUUCACUGACGACAAAUACAGUGAUUUCAUAGAUGCCAACAGAGUGGAGGAUGCGGGACAGAGACUGAAGACCAUGAAGAAACUGAUCCGAGACCUGCCGGAUUAUUACUCCCACACACUCAAGUUCUUGGUCGGUCACCUCAAAACAGUGGCCGACCACUCUGAGAAAAACAAGAUGGCGCCUCGUAACCUGGCCCUGGUUUUCGGCCCCACGCUGGUCAGGACCUCGGAGGACAGCGUGAGCGACAUGGUGAUGCACAUGCCAGAUCGCUACAAGAUUGUGGAGACCCUGAUACAGCACCACACCUGGUUCUUCAGUGAGGAGAUGGACAAAGAUGACAAGAUUCCAGUGGACAAGGCAGACAUGCAGCCGAUGCCCAACAUUGACCAUCUCCUGCCCAACAUCGGGAGGACUGGUGGGCUGGGGGAGGCCUCGGAUUCAACCAACAGUGACUCGGCUAAAUCCAAGGGCUCGUGGGGGCAGGAGCUGUACUCCAGGGAGAUACCGGCCCUGUCCACCCUAUCGGCCGUGACCCGCAAGCACAAGAAGCACCGCGACGCCAGAGUCUGGAGCAGCAGCACGGACGAGGGCUCCGAGCACGAGCCAAUAAAAACCAGCCACCGCGGGGGGCAGGGCCUGGAGGGGGAGGGAGAGAGGCAGAGAGACGAUCCCGGGGGCGAGGAGGAGAGCCCCCCACUUGAUGCUCGCUCCAUCGUAUCGGGGUACUCCACGCUGUCAACGCUGGGGGGGCACGAGGGGGAGGAGGUGGACGACGAGCACAGCGAGCUGCUGAGCGAGAGUGGGGUGGGGCUGCCGGAGACAGACACGGAGAGCGGCUUCGCCUCGCACCCUCAGACCCAGGAGAGACCCUCCAAGCAGGACCGGCAGAGGAGAGACCGGGUCCAGCUCAGCCAGCUCCCCCCCCGCAGCUUCCUGUACUCACACUGCACGCCACCGGAGAGCCCCGGCUCAGACUCCCCCUCCUCCCUCUCCUCCAGCACGGCUCCCAGGCUGCACAGCCGGCCCUCCUUCAACUCCCGUAGGACGAUUCGGAGCGACAUGCUGGCCCGCAAGAAGCUGCGUGAGGGGGAGAGGGGGCCGGAGAGAGGCGCAGGGGGUGGGGUGCGGUCCUCGGAGGAAGAGGCAGCAGACAGCACCGGCAGCAGCAGCAGCAAGGUCUCCAUUCCCAGGGCGGAGUGCAGCAGCCUGGAGAGCCUACGACAGGGCGGGGAGGCUGGGGUGUCUGCCUCCUUGUCCCUGGCCUCAGCAGGGAAGCCCCUCCUCCGACCACACUCCUCCGCAGACGACAUGUUCGGCGUGGGUCUGCGCAAGCCCCACUCCCCCGAGACGCGCCGUAAGAAGAAGGCGUGGCGCCGGCACACGGUUGUGGUGAACACCAGGGACAUGUCCGACCCCCAGAGCGGCAGCACACUGUCUGACCUCGGCAGCGAGGGCCGGCCGCGCUCCGGGAGCUACGGCAGCCGCCCUUAGCCCCCCCAGGACCUCAAACCUCCACCCUUACCCCCUCAGCUCCGUGCCCCAGCACUCCAUAGCCUCCUGUUUGCACCUGUAUCUCUGGAGAGGGCAGGGCGGGUACCGGCUGGACUCUGUGCUCAAACCUGGCUAUUCCUUUGCCGACCGAGGACGGGAGCUCCCAGAGGGCGGCACACAAUUGGCCAAGUGUCGCCCGGGAGGGGGAGGGUUUAGGUCGGCCAGGGUGUCCUCGGCUCACCGCGCACCAGCGACCCCUGUGGUCUGGCCGGGUGCCUGCGGCCUUGCCUGUAAGCUGCCCAGAGCUGCGUUGUCCUCCAAGGCUGUAGCUCUGGGUGGCUGCAUGGUGAGUCCGCAGUGUGAAAAGAAGCGGUCGGCUGACGGCACAUGCUUCGGAGGACAGCGUGUGUUCGUCUUCGCUACUCCGGAAUCAGCUCACGAGUGGUAGCGGUCAGCCGAGCUUAAAUAAUAAUUGGAUAUUCUAAAUUGGGAGAAAAUAAUAAAUAAUUGCUGAAUACUAAAUAAAAAAAAAUAAAAAAAAAACAACAUAAGCCAAUAUAACUAAUUGGAAUUACAUCUGAAUAAUAAAUGUAAGUUUUUUUUUUUUCUAAAGCUGACUUUGUUUUUAUUUUCUAGCACACUCUCCAUUCGCAUGCCUCGAUCGACCCUUAACCCGGUCCCAAUAGAAACAGGAGUUGUGCAAUCAUGAAAUAAUGCCAGCUCUGUUUGUGCAGGGCAGCCUCCUCAGGCAGUGCCACUCACGCAGUCACACUGCAGACAGAGGGGAUCAGCGCUAUAGAGAACAUCACAGUGUCGCAUUGUCAGCAGUGUUACAGGGGCAUCACUCUCAGGGCAGGGAUUUGUUUCAGCUGUGUUAAAUACUGCAGCCUUACACAUGCUCGUUUUUCAUCAUUAAUAACAUCUUUAUUGUUGGUUUUUGUAUCGCUAAACCACCACUCCACUAUUCAAAAGGAAAACAAUAGUCAAGCCUGGAUCUCUAUGGUAUCCAUUUGAUCUACAACACAUAACGUACAUAUACAUACAUUAUAUAUAUAUAUAUUAUAUAUCUGUGUCUGUAUGUAUUGAGGACCUGACUGAGCCAGCUGUUGAGUUCAGUGUUUCAGGACAGAUGACAGUGUUGCAUGUGGGUAGUAACAGUGUUAUGGGAUCUGUGCUGCAGAAUCGUGUGUGUGAUUGUAUUACAGCCAAUGCUGCAGGACACUGAGGCUCCUCCCUCCCAGCUGAACUGUGCUGAGUCGAGGGACCAGGCACUGUGUGUGUGUGAGAGAGUUUUGUAACAUUUGUAUAAAGCCUUGCUAAGUUAACUUCAGUGUGUGUGUAUAUAUAUGUGUGUGUGUGGAAUAUAUAUAUUAUAUACAAUACAAUACAAUAAUUUUAUAUAUAUAUACAUAUAUAAAUAUAAUAAAAAAAUUUUUUUUUAAAAUGACACACACAAUUAUAAUGUUCAUUUUCAUUGUUUACAUCAGUGCAUUCCAUGCACUCCCUUUGCUUUACACUGUGACUUGAAAUGUUAACCCUUUUUAUGUUUAUAUCAUUUUUAUAUAUAUAUAUA